UGUUCUCAUUGCUAUAAAAAAGUAAAGCGCAAAUAAUUCAGCAGUAAUUCUAGUUCCCCAUCAUCAUUUUUCUACAUCUCUCCUUUGUUAACAAUGGCAGAAACACCUGUUGUGACUCCUCAUAUUGCAAUAUUACCAUCUCCUGGUAUGGGUCACUUAAUCCCUCUUGUUGAAUUCUCUAAAAGACUCAUUCAAAAUCACCAUUUUUCUGUUACUCUUAUUCUUCCUACAGAUGGUCCUGUCUCUAAUGCUCAGAAAAUUUACCUUAAUUCACUCCCUUGUUCCAUGGAUUAUCACCUUCUUCCACCUGUAAACUUCGAUGAUUUACCACUAGAUACUAAAAUGGAAACUCGUAUUUCCCUUACUGUUACACGUUCUCUUCCUUCACUACGUGAAGUCUUUAAAACACUUGUUGAAACCAAGAAAACAGUUGCUCUUGUUGUUGAUCUUUUUGGUACUGAUGCAUUUGAUGUUGCAAAUGAUUUUAAGGUUUCUCCUUAUAUUUUUUACCCUUCUACUGCUAUGGCUUUGUCUCUGUUUCUUUACUUGCCUAAGCUUGAUGAAACUGUGUCAUGUGAGUAUAGAGACUUGCCUGACCCGGUUCAGAUUCCGGGUUGUAUUCCUAUCCAUGGAAAGGAUCUUCUUGACCCGGUUCAGGACAGGAAAAAUGAAGCUUACAAAUGGGUUCUUCAUCAUUCAAAGAGGUAUAGAAUGGCUGAAGGAAUAGUAGCUAACAGCUUUAAAGAAUUGGAAGGUGGAGCUAUUAAAGCUCUUCAAGAAGAAGAACCCGGUAAACCGCCCGUUUACCCGGUUGGACCACUUAUCCAGAUGGAUUCGGGUUCGGGUAGUAAGGUUGACGGGUCAGAGUGUCUGACGUGGCUUGAUCAACAGCCACGUGGCUCUGUGUUGUAUAUUUCGUUUGGGAGUGGUGGGACCCUCUCUCAUGAGCAGAUGAUUGAACUUGCAUCAGGUUUGGAAAUGAGUGAACAAAGGUUCUUGUGGGUAAUUAGAACCCCCAAUGACAAAAUGGCUAAUGCCACUUAUUUUAAUGUCCAAGACUCAACUAACCCUCUUGAUUUCCUACCAAAAGGGUUCUUGGAAAAGACAAAAGGGUUAGGUUUAGUGGUGCCCAAUUGGGCCCCACAGGCUCAAAUCCUUGGUCAUGGUUCAACUAGCGGGUUCUUAACUCACUGUGGAUGGAACUCGACUUUGGAGAGCGUGGUCCACGGGGUACCAUUCAUAGCUUGGCCACUCUAUGCAGAACAAAAAAUGAAUGCGGUUAUGUUAAGUGAGGAUAUAAAAGUGGCACUAAGGCCAAAGGCCAAUGAAAAUGGAAUAGUGGGACGAUUAGAAAUUGCUAAAGUUGUGAAAGGACUAAUGGAAGGUGAAGAAGGAAAAGGAGUACGCAGUAGAAUGAGAGAUCUUAAAGAUGCAGCAGCCAGAGUGCUGAGUGAAGAUGGUUCUUCUACAAAAGCACUAGCUGAAUUGGCUACUAAAUUGAAGAAAAAAGUGUCAAAUAAUUGAUAUUGCUAGCCACUAUUUUUUAUUGCCAAACUCCAUGUCUAUAGCUUGUUCCAGUCCUAGUUAGUAGCAAUUGUGCUUGGCAAUCGAAAAGUUAAACAUGUUUUGGCUUAUGACUUUGUAUACAGCUACGAAAAUUACAUAUGAACUACUCCCUCCUAUUCUUAA